AUGCCCCCCAGUGGUGACGGUACCCCCAAGGGCCCUUGCAACAUCAGUGGCAUCCUCAGGUGCAUCCUGUGGAGCGACGGCACCCCUGGGACCCUGACUGGAGCAGCGGAGCCUGCAGUUACCUACCCAGGGGCAGCGCAGCCCCCAGGGACCAUCCCACAGACCGUUUCAGGGGGAGUAGCUCACCAAGAACCCUCCCAGGGUGCCGCGACGCCCCCACGGCGCCACCCAGUGGUGACGGUGCCCCCAAGGGCACCUCGCAACAUCAGUGGCAUCCUCAGGUGCAUUCUUAGGAGCGACGGCUCCCCAGGGACCCUGACUGGAGCAGCGGAGCCUGCAGGGACCUACCCAGGGGCAGCGCAGCCUCCAGCGACCAUCCCAGAAACCGUUCCAGGGGCAGUGGUGCACUGGAAACCCUCCCAGGUGGCAGCAGAGCCUCCAGGGACCAUCCCAGAGACCCUCCCAGAGAUGGUGGCACCUCAAAGCACACUCCCAGGGGCAUCCACACCCCGAGAGACCUUUCCAGGGACGUUAUUGGUCCCAGAGACCUUCCUAGAGGUCCCAGGGGGCUCUAUGCCAUUACUGUGCCGCGACGCCCCUAGGGUGCCCCCCAGUGGUGACGGUACCCCCAGGGGCCCUUGCAACAUCAGUGGCAUCCUCAGGUGCAUCCUCAAGAGCGACGGCACCCCUGGGACCCUGACUGGAGCAGCGGAGCCUGCAGGGACCUACCCAGGGGCAGCGCAGCCCCCCAGAGACCAUCCCACAGACCGUUUCAGGGGUGCCGCGACGCCCCCACGGCGCCACCCAGUGGUGACGGUGCCCCCAAGGGCACCUCGCAACAUCAGUGGCAUCCUCAGGUGCAUUCUUAGGAGCGACGGCUCCCCAGGGACCCUGACUGGAGCAGUGGAGCCUGUAGGGACCUUCCCAGGGGCAGGACAGUCCCCAGGGACCAUCCCAGAAACCGUUCCUGGAGCAGUGGUGCACUGGAAACUCUCCCAGGUUCGGUGGCGCCCCCAGGGACCCUCCCAAGGGCGGUGGUGCACCUAG